AUGGACGCUACAAGCGAUUCUCCCAGUCCAGUGAAUGUUAGUGAAGGAAGCACCUCUUCAGCUGGACUUGUUUCGGAGUCGUCUUCUGCAACUGCAGUUCGUGCAGAAAAAGAUAUUAAGGUUGUUUCGGUGAAUCUGAAAACUGAGCAUAAUGCUAAAUGUCAUCACACUGAAGAAUAUGAAGUACCCAACUUGAUUGUCAGACGUGGACAACAAUUUGAUAUUGUGGUGCAGUUUAACCAGCCAGUCAAUUUGGAUGAACAUACAAUCAACAUAGAAGUGCAUUUAGGUGAGAAACCUUCCGUGCUGAGAGCGACAAAACUGAAAAUACCACUGGGUGGUGAAAAUCUCACUAAAUGGAAAAUUAAAAUACAGAAGCAAUCAGAUAAUAUGGUUGCCUUGGUGAUCAUUCCACCGGCAACAGGAAUUGUUGGUCGUUUCACUCUAUGUGUAUCCAAGACAAUACCGGGGAAAACAGUUUUAUUAUGGCAGUCAAAGACAGCAUAUUUACUGUAUAAUCCAUGGUGUGAAGCUGACAGUGUCUACCUAGACGAUGAGAAACAACGAGAGGAAUAUGUUUUAAAUGAUACUGGCUUCAUUUAUGUUGGAUCCUGCAGGAAUCCAUCACCAAGGCCAUGGAAUUUUGGACAGUUUGACGAUGCUGUGCUGGAGGCAAGUUUUUAUCUGUUGGAGCAGGGAAUACGCAUCCAUGAACGUAACAAUCCAUUAAUGGUUACCAGACGAAUAUCAGCAAUGACAAAUUGCCAAGAUGACUCUGGUGUAUUGGUUGGUAACUGGUCAGGUGACUAUGAAGGAGGAUCCUCGCCGUGUGAUUGGUUGGGUAGUGUUGCUAUCUUAGAACAAUAUAUGAAGACAAAACGACCAGUGUGCUAUGGACAGUGCUGGGUUUUCUCCGGUCUCACAACUACUGUUUUGAGAUGUCUUGGUAUUCCAACCCGAAGUGUGACAAACUUUUCUUCAGCCCAUGACACCGAUCGUAGUAUGACAAUUGAUAACUUUUGGGAUGAAAACUUUGAAGCUAUUGAACAUCUUAACUCGGACUCUGUUUGGAAUUUCCAUGUUUGGAAUGAAUGUUGGAUGACAAGACCUGAUUUACCUCAUGGAUUCGGAGGGUGGCAGUUAUUAGAUGGAACACCUCAGGAAACUAGUGAUGGAAUUUACCAGACAGGUCCAGCAUCACUAGCUGCAGUGAAAGAAGGUCAUGUUUACUACAACUAUGACACUGAGUUUGCAUUUGCUGAAGUCAAUGCCGAUAAGGUACAUUGGGUAGCUAGUCUUGAUGCCAACCAGGAAGUGGAAUCUCUAGUAAAAGUACGGACAGAGAGAAGAUCAGUUGGUAGAUUUGUUCUAACAAAGGCUGUUGGAGUUAAAAGAUCAGAAAAUGUUACUUGUUUAUACAAAUAUCCUGAAGGGUCUGACAAAGAGCGACUUUCAGUUCAUCAUGCUUGUAGUCAUGGCAGCAGACCGGAAACGUACAUCACUGAUAAAGAGCUGGUCGAUGUUGACUGUGACAUUAUUGUCAAAGAUGUGGUUAAAAUUGGUGAAGACUUUGACGUCAUCGUGAAAGUGACCAAUCAGAGUGACGAGAAAUGUACAGUGGAUAUCCGUGUAUCAUGUCACGUGUGUCGUUAUACUGGAAUUGUUAUCAAGAAGUGCAAAGAGAUGAAAUUUGAUGGUGUUGUGGUUGAACCUAAGUCAAGUUCUGAGUGUACUCUAAAACUGUGCUGUAUGGACUACAGGGAUUUGUUGGUUGAACAUGCUUCAAUGAAAAUAUAUGUUAUUGGUAGAGUGGCUGAAACUAAGCAGAUAUUUGCAGAACAAGAUGACUUUUCUCUACAAACACCGGAAUUAAAUCUCCAAUUACAGAAUCCAAACUCUUCCCCAAAAGUUGGCAAAGAAUUCAAUGUUGUUGUCAGUUUCAAAAAUGACUUGGGUAAAGUGUUGACUGGUGGCACAUUCUCAUUGGAAGGACCUGGGAUACAGAAAACCAUGACAUUACCAUACAGGUCACCAAGUGUUUGUCAAACAGAGAGUCAGAUAUCACGUUUUUCUUUAGUGUUAAAAUUCUUUACAUCAAUACUGUAUGAGACACGACCACCACCACCCAGUGAUAUUAAACCCAAUGAGACUGGCAGUGUAACGUUUACCCUGACACCAAAGAAGGCCGGGUUCCGAAGAAUUCUUGCCAACCUACAUUGCAAAGAGUUAACAGGAGUUAACGGAUUCUUAGAUUUGGAUGUUUUACCAGCAGAUGAGGCUGCAGGCCCCUAAAAUGAAAUGUGUGGAAAACCCUGACAUAUUUCUGACUUCACUGAUGUUGUUGCAGAAUAUUAUGAAUGUAAUUUUUCAAUUAAUGCUUUAAUUGGUUAUAAUCUGAGGUAUAUUUUUAUAUUAUCUGGAACCUCCAAUUUAAAAUUAGUGGUAAACAGAAAAAGUAAAUUACAAUAAACUGAUGAAGUAACAAACUGGAAGCGCUAAAUAUAAAUAUAUAACCAUAUAGAUGAUAUCUGAUGAGCAACUCGUGAUAUCAGAUUUAUUAAU